AUGUUGGAGUCGUGUUACAGGCCACUGGAGCGGUGCUUCGGCUGCGAUGGCGGUGGCGGCGGAGGCGACGGGCUUCUGUGGGACAUGGGCUUGAAGCCCCACGCUUCCGGCGACUACUCGAUUGCGGUGGUUCAAGCGAAUUCUGCGCUGGAAGACCAAGGCCAGGUUUUUACGUCGCCUUCCGCCACCUUCGUCGGCGUCUACGACGGCCACGGCGGCCCCGAAGCCUCUCGCUUCAUCACCCAUCACCUCUUUCCUUUCCUCCACAAAUUUGCUUUGGAAGGAGGAGGAUUGUCUGCGGAGGUGAUAAAGAGGGCAUUUGAUGCCACUGAAGAGGAGUUUCUUCGCUUGGUGAAGCGAUCAUGGAUGGCUCGGCCACAAAUUGCUUUUGUUGGUUCUUGCUGUCUUGUUGGCGUGAUUUCCGAUAACAUCCUGUAUGUGGCCAACCUUGGGGAUUCCCGGGCGGUGCUUGGACGCAGAGUGGUGCACGGCUGGGCAGGUGGCUCCGCCACUGUGGUGGCAGAGCGCCUGUCCACCGAUCAUAAUGUGGGCGUUGAGGAGGUGAGAAAGGAAGUUGUGGCGCUUCAUCCUGAUGAUUCCCACAUUGUAGUGUUCACACGGGGAGUUUGGCGAAUCAAGGGCAUAAUUCAGGUGUCCAGAUCGAUUGGAGACAUUUAUCUCAAGAGACCUGAGUUCAAUCGAGACCCUCUCUUCCAGCAAUUAGGAUCACCCGUUCCUUUAAAGAGACCCGUAAUGUCAGCAGAACCGUCCAUAUUGAUCAGAAAGUUAAGGCCGCAAGACUUGUUCUUGAUAUUUGCAUCAGACGGCCUGUGGGAGCAACUGAGUGAUGAAGUGGCCGUUGAAAUUGUCACAAAACAUCCGAGAGUUGGGAUAGCCAAGCGACUUGUUAUGGCUGCGCUCAGGGAGGCGGCGAGGAAAAGAGAGAUGAGCUACGAGGACGUGAAACGAAUAAGAAAGGGUAGUAGGCGACAUUUCCACGACGAUAUCACAGUGGUCGUGAUCUAUUUGGAUCGCCGGCAAACCUCUCCAGGUGCCGGAUUCAGGGAUCAGCGCACGGUCGAUUGCACCAGUGCCCCGGUUGACAUCUUCGCGCAUAAUGCAGAUGAAGCCGAUGAUACACCUCGGAUUUCUCCUUGA